AUGAAGGACAUUGGACAGCAGCUCUGUAGCACACAAGUUGGUGACGGAUGCAAUGCCUUGACCAUGUCACCCAAACAGCCUAAUGCUCAUCGAGGGACUCGACCAGAUAGACCAGACGCUCAGACUCUUCUGUAUCAAGGCUCCGAGGCAGAGGCUGCUGCCAUGACUGUUGCUACGUGUGUAAAGUGCAAGAGUGUGCACGAGGUCCCACUUCAGGAUCUGAAAAAGGGUACUGGACAAAGCCAGAAGGAGGACAAAUACGUUUGCUUCAAAUGCAGCCUUGGCGCGGCCCCUCCCCAUUUCCACUUUGUGAACAACAGUCGCAGUGCUGCUCAAGUAGGAAAUAAACCGGAAGCCAUCUCAAGUUCUGUCAAUCACAAGUUUAAGGUAAGGAACUUCAAGCCAGGCAAAUACUAUUGUGACAAAUGUCGAUUUUCCACAAAGGACCCCCUGCAGUACAAAAAGCACACACUUCAGCACGAAGAGAUUAAGUUCGUCUGUUCCCACUGCGGCUGCAUUUCCUACACGAAAGGGGAGUUUCAGAGGCACCUGGUGAAGCACACGGGCGUUUUCCCUUAUCGGUGUGAGUACUGUGACUAUGGUGCUAUCAGAAAUGACUACAUCGUCAAACACAGGAGGAGAGUCCACGAGAAGGCAGGGGCCAAACGGCUGCCCAAAGCCGUCGCCAGGCUGGAGCCAAAAAGGAUCAGCGCCUCCAAGCAAAACCCAGAGCUUUCAAAAGCUUCCAGUCCCAGGACUGCGUUUCAAAAUAAGUUGUCAGAUCAGCUCUCAGGGUUUCCCCUCCACGCAAGUAAAGACAGGACUCACAGCAUCACGUUGUUGCCUGAAUCCAGAGAGUACCAGAAAGACGUGGUGUGCAUCCCACACAAAGGGGCCCUGUCAGAGCCCACUGAGGUCAGCCUGCUGGGGAACAGAAGUGUGGAGGUGGAGGUCUUGUCCCCCUCGAAAGAGCCCGUGCAGCCGGGGAUGCCGUUAACGGUGGUGGCGCCAGCCGAGCUCGUCGUCCCCGCCAACUGUCUAGCCCAGCUGAUGGACGUGAAGGUUGUCAACGGAACGCAGCAGCUCGUGCUCAAACUGUUUCCCCUGGAAGAAACCAACUGCCUCGAUGCCAGUGGAGGUGAUGGAGGUAGUUCCGAACGUGGGUCUAAAGAGAGGGGUGCAAGCGAGCAGGAAAAAAUGGCUUCCACAGAGCCCAUGCAGUCCCUUGCGAUCGAAGGGAAUAUCGGAAAACUUGCAGGCAUCGGUAGUCUACAGUCAUCAGUUCAGAAGCAACUUAAAAAUGUGAAAUGGAUGAGGUCUUACGAUUUUUUCAUGCCAAAUUCUGGCCGGCACAGCAGCGGAGGAUCCCUGCUCAACCCGGGGAGAGUUGAGAGUUUGCAGAGAAAAGGUUACCCGUAUCCCCAUAGAGCUGCUCUGCCUUCCAUUGCCUUCAAAGGCCAUUCUCCAUUAUCUCUAGUGAAAAACAGUGUCUUACGUGGUCUUGGAACUUCAUCGACCUCUUUUCCAUAUAAAACUGCCCUUUUUACUGAAGACAGAAGAAACUUACCCAGUGACUCGCAGCAGUUACUACCUGUGUCUGCACCGCCUGCAACCAUUUCCUUCUCUGGAGAAACGGACUCACUGCCCCUAUGUCAGAAUGACGUGGGCUCUAGGAAUGAGAUCAGCCUUCCUGCAAAAACGGUUGCCCCUCCCAGGAAGCUGCAAGACAGCCAGACACAGGAGCAUAAGGCAGUUUCAAACACGGGCCAGACUUCCUCUCAACACAGAAGUGAGUAUUUACACAUCAACAUAAUGGGAGAAGACAGAGUCAGAGCCCAACAGUCUGGGGAUAAACCACUGGAAUUAAAGAAUCCCGACCAGACUAAUGACUCCUUCGAUGGUCCGGUCAUCUCCUCAGUCUUUUCUCUGAGCUCUGGAUCUGAAAACGUCCCUGAGGGCGUCAGGUGGAAUAGUUCAACAUCCAAAAUAAAGUCAAUUGAACUCUUGCGCAGAAAGAUAGCCCAGUUAAUCGAAUCCUGUGGCAAGCCUUCAUCUCUGGCUGCAAACGGCGCCCAUCGACAUCCUGUAGGGAAGGCAUCUAAGGUCACUUCAAAAGCCACGCCUGAAUGCAUCCAGGAAAUUAACGUGUCCUUCACCAGUGCUGGCUGUUCCACGGGCAUGCUCCCCAGACCUCAGGAUGCUGAUGGUGUUAGUGGGCAGCUCAUGCACCGGCAGGCGUAUCCGAAGCUUGUCGAAGGCAGCAGUGGGAAAACCGAAAGCAGAGUGACCAAGAAGCCACAUGUGGCUACUCCAGUGUUGAUCCCCAAGGGGGCCGUGUUGAGGGUUCUUAAUUCCUCUGAGGAUUCCCACAUUAUAGAGGCGACCUGCGAAGCACCUGUCAAUAUCCCAUGCAGUGAGACACAGUUAAUAAAGCCCAUUCCGCUCUGCCCAAUGAAACGGACAGACCCGGACGUACAGUUUUUGACGAGUGAAAGUGGACCCAUAGAUAUGUCCCCAAAUCACGAUCUGUCUUUUCGGCCUAAAUCACGAAAAGAGAGUGCCCAUUGUAGCACUGUGCCCAAAAAACCCAGACCCCUGCAUGGCCCGCAAGGAAGCAGUGAAAUGAGCAAGCAAGCGAAACUGUUUCCCAGAAGUCUUCCCAUCAGUAAAGGUAAACCCAGACAAAUCAGCUCGUCUAAGAAGAAAAGCAAAAUCCAGACUGACCCCAGCCGCUGUUGCCGGGAUCCUUCCAUCUUUCAGGUUGCAAGACAGCUUCGACUGAUUGCAGCUAAACCAGACCAGUUGAUCAAAUGCCCCCGUCGGAACCAGCCCGUCAUUGUGUUAAACCAUCCUGACGUCGACUCACCAGAGGUGUCCAACGUGAUGAAGGUGAUAAAUAAGUACAAAGGCAACGUCCUCAAGGUGGUGUUGUCAGAGAGGACUAGGUGUCAGUUAGGCAUGAGGCGGCACCACGUCCGACUGACCUACCAGAACGCGGAGGAAGCCAAUCAGAUCAAAAGGCAAAUGAUGCUGAAAAUGAAACUGAAGAAGGUUCAUAAAAACAACUACCAGGUGGUGGAUUCCUUGCCUGAUGACUCAUCGCAGUGUAUAUUUAAGUGCUGGUUUUGUGGGAGGCUCUACGAGGACCAGGAAGAGUGGAUGAGUCACGGCCAGCGGCAUUUGAUAGAAGCAACCAGAGACUGGGAUGUUCUUUCUUCCAAGGGCAAAUAA